GAUCCUUCGCUCUUUCCGUAGUUGGAGCUCGCUUGCCGCAGGCGGCCCAUGCUUCUAUUUACCGGAAUGCAAAUACUAAAAAUACGUCUUUCUUGUGUUCGCUGACAUUACCCAUUGACUUCGUUUAACGCCUGACACCCCUUAAAGAAGAGAAAAAGAUGGCAGACAAAGCCCCUACCGUUGCCAUGGAGGCCGUUCUCAAGCGUAGCUGCAAACUCCCGGAUGACACCCCGAUGAUUAAAGGCUACGACUUUAACCAGGGGGUCGACCUUCAGGCCGUACUGAAGACCUACCUCAACACGGGGUUCCAGGCCAGCAGGCUCGGUUUGGCCAUCCAGGAGAUCAACCGCAUGAUUGAGAAGCGCCUCGAGCCACAGGAGGUAGAACAAGACGAAGCUGAUUUUAUCGGAGGCGUGGAACCCAAACUGGGCUGCACCAUCUUCCUGGGUUACACCUCCAACCUCAUCAGCUCCGGGAUCAGAGAGAGCAUCCGCUACCUGGUUGAGCACAAAAUGGUGGACGUGGUUGUGACCACAGCUGGAGGCAUAGAGGAGGACAUCAUCAAGUGUCUGGCUAACGCUUACCUGGGAGACUUCAAUCUGCCGGGCAAGGAGCUCCGUCAGAGAGGCAUCAACAGGAUUGGGAAUAUUUUGGUGCCCAAUGACAACUACUGCAAGUUUGAAGACUGGCUGAUGCCGAUCCUGGACCAGAUGGUGUUGGAGCAGAACACAGAGGGUGUGCGUUGGACUCCCUCCAAAAUGAUCCAUCGUCUUGGCAAGGAGAUCAAUAAUCCUGAGUCGGUUUACUACUGGGCGUACAAGAAUAAUAUCCCUGUGUUCAGUCCGGCUCUGACUGACGGCUCGAUGGGCGACAUGAUCUACUUCCACUCUUACAGGAACCCUGGCUUAGUCUUGGACAUAGUUGAAGACAUUCGCCAGUUGAACAGCCAUUCAGUGUUUGCCAAAAGGACUGGAAUGAUCAUCCUGGGAGGAGGGGUGGUCAAACAUCACAUAUCCAAUGCUAAUCUGAUGAGAAACGGCGCUGACUUUGCCGUGUUUGUGAACACGGGUCACGAGUUCGAUGGCUCUGACUCUGGAGCCCGACCCGACGAGGCCGUGUCCUGGGGAAAGAUCAAAGCUGAUGCCACUCCUGUUAAGGUGUAUGCUGACGCCACUUUAGUCUUCCCUCUGCUCGUGGCAGAGACCUUCGCUCGCCACGCCGACGAGCUGUCUGCGCUCAAGAAAAAAGACUGAGUGCUCCAACCCGUCUUUUAGAAACGGCGAGCAGCUUGUUCCUGUGCUGGGUCUUCUUUCUGUGGUUGACUUCUAGCAGGUGUUAGUGGUGAAGGUACUCGGUUAAGGCAAGGCAACAGUAAUAAGGCAGCGUCAUCUAAGGCUGCAACUGAAAACCUGAUUUUUAUGGGAGUCAGCGGUGAGGGUUUCUGGUCUUAAUGCUUUCCAUAACACUAUUUACUUGUCAAAACAAGUACAGUUUCCCCCUGUCUUUUCAGAUUAUUGAAAUAGCACGGGUCGCAUGCUGUUGCAUGCACCAAAGAGACAGCCUAGAAUGCAUCAGGUUUUAGCUGUGCGCAAGUUUGUGAGUGAGAGAAUGAGUGUGUGUGUGUGUGUGUGUGUGGGAGUGAGAAGGGAUCGAUGCUCCUGAGGCAUUGUUAUUUAUUUCUGUUUAGUUGUGGCACUACACACCGUCACAGCACUUGAAUAUGACCUUAUUGCUUCUUUAUUUUAUUCAAACCUUUACCUGUUACAAGAUGAAAGACACUGUGCCGCUUAAUAAAUCACAAAUGGAUCAUUUCCUCCUGUAAGAAAUAAAAAAAAAAAAAAAAUUACGAGCAGAGGGUCUAUGUGAGAAUGUCACAAAGGCCCCGUCAUGUGACACUUUACCUAACGUGACUUUGUUUGGUUUCUGCGUUUUGUGAAGAGAGAAAAAUGUUUUGCCUUACAUGGAAUGAACACUUACAUGCUGGACUUUGAAAAGAACACUUUGAAUAUUAAAGUUUGAUUCUCCUCA